AUGGUCAAUAUUAUUUAUGUUAUCUUUGAAUAUAACCUACAAGUAUUGAAUUAUAAACCAACACCAAAUGACGUCUUUAUUGUAACUUAUCCGAAAUGCGGAACAACCUGGAUGCAAAACAUCGUUAUGUACAUCUUCCGUAAAGGACAGGAAAUGGAUCAUCCACAUGAUUUUCUUAGAUUAUGCCCAUUUCUUGAUAUGAUGGGAGCUGAAGGCAUCUUUAAAAUGCCAAGGCCUGGUGCACUUAAGACACAUAUUUCCUUUACUCACGUGCCAUACUCGCCUAAAUCUAAAUAUAUCUUCGUUACGAGAAAUCCAAAAGAUUGCUGCGUAUCUUUCUACUAUCACACCAAAAAUGAUUUAAGCUAUGGAUAUUGGGAUGCUGAAUUUGAUGAUUUCUUUGAACUUUUUAUAAGUGGAGAAAUAGAGGACAAUGAUUAUUUUGAGCAUUUGUUGUCGUGGUAUCCUCGCCGUAAUGAUCCUAAUGUCUUUUAUACUAAAUAUGAAGAUAUGAAGAAAGAUACUAAGAGCCUGGUAAUCAAACUUGCUAGAUUCCUUGGUAAAGAAUACAUCGAUACGGUCGAGCAGGAUAAUACUGUGUUGAACAAUAUCCUAAAUUUAAGCAGCUUUGAGUACAUGAAAAAGCAUUUAUCGGAUAUUUAUGAAAUAGAACCUGGUUCACCUCUUAUGAAUGAUUAUGAAGGUAUACGUUAUGUGAGUGAGUUUAUGAAAACUCUAGAACUUACAAAGGAACCGCCAAAGUCUGAAUUCAUAAGGUUGGAGAUUGGAAAAAUCACUUUUCCGACUCUCAAUCAAAGAGACUUAACGAGAAAUUCUUGGAGGAAACAAAGGGCACAGAAAUCCAGCAGUGGUAUACAUUAG